GAAAACGAAACGAGACGAGUUUCUGUAUUCGACGAAUUCCGUACCCGGUAACUGGAUGAAAGCGGUGCUCUACUUGAGUGUUGAUAUUUUGGAACGCCAGACAUUGAAAUCGGCGAGCAAAGCUUUUUGCAAACAUGACUGAGAUCGUUCCGAUUAUUGACUCGGGUGUACGAAAUAGGAUAACGCGCUAUCUACACACUGGCAAUGAGGUUCCUAAGUAUUUUCCAGGUUGUUGGUCUUCUCAUAAAUAUUUUGAGCUUGACAGAUUAACAGCUUUAAAUGAAGUACUGGCAAAUGGAAUGAAGAAUGUUGAAGUUGUCCACAUAAUUUUAAAGGCUUAUAAAGAUGGAUGGUAUACUCGAUUCGAAACAAUAGCAUUUGCUCUAUGCAAAUGCUUGUUGUUGGGUUCCCCUGCAGUUAAAGAGGCUACUUAUAAAGCAGCUGCUGAAGUAUGCCGUACACCUGAACAGAUGAUGUUAUUUAACAAAUUUACCCGGUUGCUAAAAACAGGCAAUGGUCGUGGAUGGUGUAAACAUGUCAAGGACUGGUAUACUCAAAGGGAACCAAUGGAAUUAGCAAAGGAAAUGAGCAGGGUGAAAGCACGCCAUGGUCGAUCUCACAAGACACUCAUUCGAAAGGCUCAUAUAAAGAUUGAUCCAAAUGACUUUGCUCGAGAUGCAGUCAUUAAGUAUGCUAUCUUUGGCUUGAAACGUGCAAAGCAAUUGUUAGGAGACAAACCUGAAGCUAAGGCAGUGUUAGAGUAUAUACAGAAAGUUGAAGACUUGCGCCACUGUGAAGAUCCAGUUGCGGCAGCUGCCAUUGCUGCUGAAAACCAUUUCACACUAGAUCACGUGCCUGGACACCUGCUGACUUCUCAAGAUGUUUGGAAUGCUAUUUUACCACAAUUCACUCUGGAAGAACUUCUAAAUCAGAUUCAACGCAUUCACAACAUGGGCUUCCUUACUAGUGACUCUACUACUACAGCUAUUCUCAUUUCCCUGCUUAACAAUCAGGAUGUCAUUAAAAAAUCGAAAGUGCAUCCCCUCGCGGUCUACAUCACUUUCUGCAACUACAAAAAAAAGAGCAGGCCUAUGAAGCAUGAGAAAGCUAAAGUUGCCGCUGAGAAGGAACAGCGUCGUCGCGCCCGCCAAAUGUUCGAUGCCACCACUGGACUUUGGGAGUGGAUCGUCACCAGGAGACACCCGAAAGAAGUUAAACACUGGGGCAUUGAUCAACCUCCAAACCCUGGUGUAUUGGCUGCGUUGAAUAAGCUUAUUGAUCAUACUUGGCUUCUGACGCCGCCCACAAAUGUACGCUACAUGAUCACCUUGGAUAUGAGACACCAUAUGUUUAAAGGUCGUCACUUCUGCAAGACUUAUGUAGUGCCAAAGAAGGGCAAGAAAGUAAAUAUUGCAGCCAAAACACCUCAAACUGGCGGUGGCGACACAGAUAACGAGAAGAAAAGCAAGAAACGUCUGUUAGCAGAGUGCUUCUACAACAGACACGUCACUCCUGGACACGCUGCUAUUAUUCUGGCAUUGCAAAUUCUUAAACGCGAGAAAAACGUGAAACUAGCUGUGUUCUCUGAAGAAGGCAUCGAAGUUGUAUCAAUCGAACGCAACUUCAGCAAUAUUGAAGAAGCAGAGUUUGUGCUGAGAAAAGCGAACCUUGGUCGCGUACAACUCGAUGCUCCUAUAGAAUGGGCGAACAAGAACAAUCACAAGGUGGACGUGUUCAUAAACAUGGUCGAUCGCCCUACCCGCUUUAUGGAAUUGGAACAGAAUAAGCGCGGGGGCCGCGGUGAGGGCGGAAGAUAUGGCCCGCCGCCUACCAACAAUGACAUACCCGAUCAUUGUCCAGUACGAGCUUUGGAGCGGUACAGGAAUAAACAGAAAUUGCCCAACAGCAAGUUGAUCGUAAUGUCUUUGGCUUCUCAUCGCGUGGGCACCACCGACGGAACACACGAGGGUGUUCUGGACAUCAUUGGCGUGGAUGAACACGUGCCCAAAAUCAUGGACGCUUUCGUUCUCGACCAGUUCAAAUGAACCCAUUCCGCCCAAGUACUACCCAGAGUCCCUAGAUGUCAAUUCCAAUACUCGAUUCACAGCCCAAGGAAUAUGUAGUGGUUUUAUGAUAUUGUAUACUUGACCUUUCGAUAUUGUCAACGUCGUCUAUGAUAAAAAAUAUUAAAUGCCACAGAAGCCUUCUUUGAGAUACCAUAAUAAAAUUCAUUACUAAAUAGGCAUAUUGAUAAUUUUACUUAUUUCCUUUAUUAGCUGCAACUACCAUCACCUCUCCAAGUCUUCCGAAUUUCUAUACCAACUUUGUAAAGUGUGAUUUAUUCUUUGUGCUGUGGAUCAGCUCUCGGUUAUUAUAUACUUUCGAAACAUUUUUUUUUUAUCAGUAUUGAACUGUUUUGCGAAUUAUUAUGAACCACGAUGUGUUCCGGAUCCUGUUAUGACAAAGUCCUACUGAUGAAUUAAAUAUUUUAAAGGUAGAAAUUUGGUCAUGGUCACGAUAUUGAACUUCAAAUGGUGUUUAGGGUAAUAUUUGUUAGGCUUAGGGUUUGCUUGAAAUAGGGUUAUUUCAUGGCCUGCUUAAUUUCGAAUCCAGAUCUCCGCUUAAUUUUAUGGAUGUCGUUUGUUGAAUAACACAAUGAAUUUUUUUUAUACAUGUUCUUAUAUACGUAAAUAUUUUUUAAAUACAAAAAUAUAAAGUAGUAACCAAUGUAAGGAACGAUCUCUGGUAUAGAAUCGGGUAACCGAAUGGUAAUUUUAGGGUUUUUAUAAAUUAGGGUUGUUGAGUCUAAAAUAAAUUACAAUUAAAUGUUUCAAUAUGUCCAAAACAGCAGGGAACAAUUUUUAUCUUGCAAAACAAUCUCAUUAAAGGGUUUCUCAAUGUAGUAUAAUGUGAAUCCUCGAAUAUAUCUCGAAAGAGAUAAAUAAAUUUAAUAUUUCUAUUUUUCAUAACGUAUAGCACUUUGUAACGGAAUGUUAUAAAUUAAACCUGUAUAUAAACUAACUUUGACCACUAUUUUAUUUGGGGCUUUAAUAUUGAGAAACCCAGAAAUUCAAAUAAUUGGUCAUAAAAAAUCAUCAGAUCUUUUUGGUUACUUCUCUAGUAUGCUAUUUAUAGAUCUAUGUAACACAAUAAAUUUUUGUUAUAUUGUUGACUAUUGAAAACGAUUUCAUUCAUAUUUUGAUUUGAAGUCAAUAACUUGUUUCGUGCUGCUUAUUAUAGAUAAAGUAAGUACGAAGUGUGUAUCUUUAUGUAAUUUUAAGUAUUUAUAGCUUGACACAUUUUGAUCAGGGUCGUUUUGGUUAUACAAAAAUUUGGCACCUGACGCUCACUCACUGCUAUGUGUUCAUUGUCUUAAAAAAUACAAUAAAAUGUGGCUUUGUCUACACGUGACUAGAGG